CAAGCAUGUUGCAUGCUACAUACAUUUGAUGCAAAAGAGAGAUCUAUUUCGAGACCUCUAUAAAAGGAGAGGCCAGAAUCAAUAUGGUCACAGAUACAAAGUUUCAAGAGCACAAUUAAUCCUUUGGCACCAGAAUAGCUCAAGCUAUGGUGCGCUUAGGCUUAGGUGUGUUUUUGGUCAUCCUCUCGAUGCUUGUUGGGGCAGAGGCAACAGCUUUUCGUCCAAAGACUAAGAAAGUGUGGUGCGAAGACACAAAAUUCUAUAAGUGUUACCACAUAGAUCUCUAUUGCCCGGCAGCAUGCCCCAGCACUUGUUUUGUGGAUUGUAAGACAUGCAAAUCUGUUUGCCAAGCACCGCCGCCACCACCUCUACGGUCACCACCACCACCACCUCCUCCACCGCCACCAAAGCACAGACGCUCGCCCCCUCCUCCAAAGGCUUAUCCUCGUUCACCUCCUCCGCCUCCAAAGGCUUAUCAGCGUUCACCUCCUCCGCCUCUAAAGGCUUACUAUCAUUCACCUCCUCCUCCAAAGGCUUAUCAGCGUUCACCUCCUCCUCCUCCAAAGGCUUACCAUCACUCACCUCCUCCCCCUCCAAGGGCUUACCAUCACUCACCUCCUCCUCCAAAGGCUUACCAUCACUCACCUCCUCCUCCAAAGGCUUACCAUCACUCACCUCCUCCUCCAAAGGCUUACCAUCACUCUCCCCCUCCAAGGGCUUACCAUCACUCACCUCCUCCUCCAAGGGCUUACCAUCACUCACCUCCUCCCCCUCCAAGGGCUCACCAUCACUCACCUCCUCCCCCUCCAAGGGCUUACCAUCAUUCACCUCCUCCGCCUCCAAGGACUUAUCCUUCACCACCACCUCCACCUUUAGUUGUUCCUACUCCCCCUCCUUCCACUACCACUCCUCCGCCACCUCCUACUUCUACCCCAUCAUCUCUGCCACCUCCUACUUCUACGCCCUCAUCUCCGCCGCCUCCUACAUCUACGCUGCCUCCUACAUCUACACCAUCAUCUACACCACCUCCUACUUCUAUGCCAUCACCACCUUUAACACCACCAUCUCCGCCGCUUCCUACAUCUACACCAUCAUCUCUGCCGCCUCCUACAUCUACACCGUCGUCUUAUCCCCCACCUCCCCCAUCUUCAGAGAGCUCCGGAGAACAGCGAGUGAAAUGCAAAAACAAGAAUUAUCCUCAGUGCUAUGGCCUGGAGCAUACUUGUCCUAGUGCUUGCCCUCACCAAUGUGAGGUUGACUGCGUUACAUGCAGUCCCGUUUGCAACUGCAACAAGCCAGGUGCUGUGUGCCAGGACCCCAGAUUCAUUGGUGGUGAUGGAAUAACCUUCUACUUCCACGGCAAGCGAGACCAGGACUUCUGCAUAGUUUCUGAUUCCAAUCUCCACAUCAACGCCCACUUCAUCGGCAAAAGAAAUCAAACCAUGAAGAGGGACUUCACUUGGGUGCAGUCUCUAGGAAUCCUCUUUGGUAACCACAAGCUCUACAUCGGUGCCAAAAGGACGGCAACUUGGGACGACUCCAACGAUCGCCUGUCCCUAUCCGUCGAUGGCCAAACCAUAAGCCUCCCAGACAGCGAAGGCGCCAACUGGCAAUCAAUCUUAUCAGCAGGAGCACUCAGCAUCACAAGGACGAAAAACAUGAACUCGGUAGAAAUUGAAGCCGAAGGGAACUUCAAGAUCAAGGCUGUGGUGGUGCCGAUAACUGAAAAGGAAUCGUUGAUGCAUAACUAUGGGGUUACAGAAGAGGAUUGCUUUGCUCACCUUGACUUAAGCUUCAAGUUUUAUGCCCUAAGCAAAGAAGUGAGUGGUGUGCUAGGGCAGACAUACGCAAGCAACUACGUGAGUAGGGUUAAGAUGGGAGUUGUGAUGCCUGUUCUGGGCGGUAACAAAGAAUUUGCAUCCUCUACCAUCUUUGCUUCGGAUUGUGAGGUUGCAAGGUUUACUGGUGAGAUUGCUACGAAUGAUUUUUCAAACAACUUUGACCACUAUGCUAGUACUAUGAAUUGUGCUAGCGGGGUGGAUGGCCGUGGAGUUGUUUGUAAGAGAUAAAAUUAAUUGGAUAUCUCGUAAUAAAUAAUAAAGGCCAAGGACUCGUGAAGCGGUACGUCUGGCUGUUGCAGUUUCAUAAAUAUUGGUGUAAUAUUGGUCAAUUUGGUGUAUUAAUCCAACUUCUUUCUUAUGUUUAUAGUUAUAGUCACAACGUAAUCACUUCUAAUACACAAAUUGAAG